AUGUGGUUUUCGGGAUCGGUUAAUGAGGCCGUUGCGACAACAAAGCAGAAGUCGGUGGUUCUGGUCGUUUUCGUGUCAGGAAACGAUGAAGCUUCGGCCAGCGCCCUCUCUUGGCUUGAAAAUGAGGAAGUUCAAAAAUGCCUUCGGGAAAAUUCAACCGUGAAUUUGAAGCUUGAAAGCAAGAGCGAAACAGCUGCCCAGUUUGCCCAAAUAUCUGCCGGUAAUCAGUUCAUGCAGAAAGAAAUGAAGAAAUCCGAAGACAGUAAAAUCGAUGAGCCUAAAAAUGAGCCCAGAGCAAAAAUACGAAUGCCGAAAGAAAAAAAAGACCAAGAAGCUCUGUCUCGGAUUCGUCAGCAAAUCGCCGCUGAUCGAUUGGAAAAAUCUGAAAAGUACCAUCGGGAACAAGACGAUAAACUGUUGAGAAAGCGUAAAGCGACUACCGAACAGAAGGUCAUUCCAGCAAAAACUAAGGAAUAG